GCGAGUGUCGUGCGCAACAUGGCGGCGCCCAGGGAGGCUGAGGACGCCGGCGGCCGGUGAGAAGGAAGCUCCGUGCGGCCAGCGCGCGCGGCGUGCGGUCCCUCCGCUACGUGUUCCCCGCGCUCAGCUCUCGCGCGGUCGUCCUCCCAGGCCCCCGCGCGAUGGGGACGAGCUGCCUCCGGCUGCGGGACGGGGGGCGCCGCCUCCUGGUCCGUCUCCGCGGCGGCCUCGCCGCCUCCGAGGGGCUGCGGCCAAAGCCCCCGGCCCCCGCCCGGACCUACGCGCCCCCGGCAGCAUGUUUUCAGGGUUUAUCCCGGGGGUCAUGUGUGUUAGGACUCCAGCCUUUCACAGCUGAUACUGUUGCAGCGUGGGGACACAGCACGUCUCAUUUACAGUCUUCCGCUGAGAGGAAGAGGUUCUAUCAGAAUGUCAGCAUCACACAGGGUGAAGGUGGCUUUGAGAUCAACCUGGACCACAGGAAGCUGAGGACUCCCCAAGCCAAGCUCUUCACCGUCCCCAGCGAGGCCCUGGCCAUCGCCGUGGCCACCGAGUGGGACUCUCAGCAGGACACCAUCAAGAUGUACACCAUGCACCUGACCACACUGUGCAACACGGCUCUAGACAACCCGACCCAGCGGGACAAGGACCAGCUCAUUCUGGCGGCCGUGAAGUUCCUGGACACCGACACCGUCUGCUACAGGGUGGAAGAACCAGAGACGCUGGUGGAGCUGCAGAGGAACGAGUGGGACCCGGUCAUAGACUGGGCCGAGAGGAGGUACGGCGUGGAGAUCGGCUCCUCCACCAGCAUCAUGGGGCCGCGCAUCCCGGCCCGGACUCGGGAGGUGCUGCAGAGCCACCUGGCCUCUUACAACAUGUGGGCCCUGCAAGGGAUUGAGUUUGUGGUGACCCAGCUCAAGUCCAUGGUGUUGACCUUGGGCCUGAUCGACCUGCACCUGACGGUGGAGCAGGCCGUCCUGCUGUCGCGCCUGGAGGAGGAGUACCAGAUCCAGAAAUGGGGCAGCAUCGAGUGGGCCCACGACUACGAGCUGCGGGAGCUGCGGGCGCGCACGGCUGCCGGCACCCUCUUCGUGCACCUCUGCUCCGAGAGCUCGGCCGUCAAGCACAAGCUGCUGCAGGGGUGAGGCCGGCCCGCAGCCCCAAGACGCUGCAGCCGGGGAAGGCCAGCUCGGGCCCAGCCGGGGCGUGGGUGCGCGUGACUGACUGUAUCACGUUUCUCUGCCUGGAAGCGUGUGGAGCCUCCACGCAUCUGGUUCCUCCGCUCACGUCUGGGUCCCCGAGGCCACCCGGCCUCCCCACAGGGCACACGCUGCCGGGCGGGACCCUCCCACCAGGGAGGCUCAGUGGCCCUCAGCCCCAAGGCUUUUUUUUCUGGUUUUUAAUCAAACAGUCUUAAAAGUGAGUCUGUCGUGGUCCAGGCUGUCUGUUUCUGUUUGUUUCUACUGUUUGAGCAAAAAUGAUUUACUCUUCAAAAUACAAAGCAAACAACA